CUGCUUCCCCCCCUCCCUGGGGUGACCCUCCCCUCUGUCCCGAUGCCUGGGUUCUCUCUGCAUCCCCCCCGCCCCUUCCUCUGCAAGAUCCCCUCCCCACACCCUGCGGGGAAUCCCCCCUGUCCUCCCCAGAGCUAUUUCCCAGAAGGGGGGGUGACGCAAGAGCAGGGCUGCCCCCCCUCCAGGCUUCCCUCCCCAGCCCCAACCCAGCCGGACAGACGAGAGAGCUGCGGAGGAAGAGGACGGACAAACGGACAGACAUGGGCCCGAGGGCACUGAUCCGGAUCUUGGCCUGCCUCCUGCUCCUGGUCCCGGCUGGCUCCGGGGCGGCAGUUGCAGCGGAGGGCAGCUGCGACCCGGAGGGGGCCCCGAUCCUGGGGGGCCAGGCGGAGGUGGCAGAUAGGGGCCGAUGGCUGCGCUACAUAUGCCCAGAGGGGAAGUACCCGCACCCCGUAGCCCUGCGCGCCUGCCGCAGCAACGGCAUGUGGAGCCCUCUACGGGACACCCAGAACCGGGUUGUGGCCAAGGCUGAGUGCCGAGUGGUUCGGUGCCCGGGACCGGUGGAGUUCCUGCAUGGCACGUGGUGGCCACGCCAGGCCUGGUACAACAUGAGCCAGGAGCUGACCUUCUCCUGCUUUGACGGCUUCACCCUGAGUGGCUCUGGUGUCCGCACCUGCCUGCCCCAGGGCACCUGGAGCGGCACCCCUGCCGUCUGUGAUGAUGGCGGGGGCCACUGUCCAGCGCUGGGGGUUCCAGUGGGGGCCACUGUAUCGGGCGGGGGCUUGCGGGCUGAGGACGAGGUGCAGUACCGGUGCCGGUCUGGCCUGACCCUACUUGGCUCCGCACAUCGCACCUGCCUAGAGGACCGCACCUGGAGUGGGACACCCCCCCUCUGCCGCACGCCGUACGCCUAUGACACACCCCGUGACGUGGCUGCCGCCUUCCUGGCCUCCCUGUCCGAGACCGUGGAGAAGGCCGAGGCCAACACCUCCCUCAGUGACAGCCAGAAGCGGCGCAUCCGCAUUGAGCCAGGUGGCACCAUGAACAUUUACCUGCUGCUCGAUGCCUCUGACAGCAUCGGCACCGACAACUUCACCCGCUCCCGCGACGCUCUCAGCCAGCUUGUCGAGAAGGUCUCCAGCUACGGGGUGUUCCCACACUACAGCCUCAUCACCUUUGCCAGCGAGCCCCACGUGGUUAUCAGCACCCAGGACGCCCGCAGUGCCGAUGCUAACUGGGUGCGUGAGCAGCUUGAGGGCCUCAAAUACAAGGACCAUGCGUACAAGGCAGGCACCAACACUCGGGCAGCACUGGAGGCCGUCUACCACAUGCUGGUGCAGCAGGAGGAGGAGCAGCUGCGGCAUGGCCCCGCCCCAGCCCCUGUUGUCAACUCCACCCGCCACGUCCUGAUCAUCAUGACCGAUGGCAAAACGAAUAUGGGGGGAUCUCCAGUGCCCGUCGUCAAGCAGAUCCGGGAGAUGUUGAGCAUUGGCCGUGACAUCCACAAUCCCCGGGAGGAUUUCCUGGACAUAUAUGUGUUCGGUGUGGGGGCCAUGGUGCACCUGGAGAACAUCAACGAGUUGGCCUCAAAGAAGCCUGAUGAGCGCCACGUCUUCUACCUGCGCGACCUCACCGACCUCCAGCAGGCCUUCCAUGACAUGAUUGAUGAGAGCGAGACGCUGAGCAUGUGUGGGCUGGGCUGGGAAUUCGAGAAGGCCAGGGACCAGCAGAAGAACCCCUGGCACGUGGGGAUCACCAUCACUCGCCCAGGCAAGGGCCGGGAGACGUGCAAGGGGGCGCUGGUGUCACCGUACUUUGUGCUCACGGCCGCGCACUGCUUCACCAUAGAUGAUAAAGCCAGUUGGAUCACCGUGGACCUGGGGGACCGCUCGCAGCCAAUGACGGUGGAAAGGCUGCACUCGCACCCCAUGUACAAAAUUGGGGCAAAGGCGAGUGCUGGGAUCCCCGAGUUCUACGAUUACGACGUGGCCCUUGUGAAGCUGAACAAGGCGGCACGGGUGGGGAUCGACAACGGCGUGCGCCCCAUCUGCCUGCCCUGCACUGAGGGCACCACGCGGGCCCUGCGCCAGCGGCACCCUGGCACCACUUGCAAGGACCACGAGCAGAUGCUCCUGAACCCGGGUGAUGUUGGUGCCUUUUUUGUGAACCAGCACCCGCAUGAAGGGCGCCAGGUGCUGGAGCGCAAGAACGUGCUCGUCAAGUAUGGUGACAAGCGGCCAGCAUGCGAGGCAGAUGCCCUUAAGGCCACCAUCUACCGCAAUGUGACCCGCAUCGAUGCCGUUGUGACCCCGCGCUUCUUAUGCAGUGGUGGCAUUGACCCCUACGUCGACCCCAACACCUGCAAGGGAGACUCCGGUGGACCGCUCAUCAUUGCCAAGGGCAAGCGCUACAUCCAGGUGGGCGUAAUCAGCUGGGGCGUGGUGGACGUGUGCCGAGGGCAGAAGAUGCAGGGCAAGAAUCGGUCCCCAGCCUAUGCCCGUGACUUCCACAUCAACCUCUUCACUGUGCUGCCCUGGCUGCGGGAAAUAUUGGCCGACGAGGACCUCGGCUUCCUCUGAACCCCUCAAAGUCUCCUCAGCUCCCCGCCUCCAGCCCCCCAAGGGGGAGAACAUAGAAUAAACUUGGCUUCCAAAUGGU